AGGAUUGUUCUUCUCUCCCCACAUUAACAGGGAGAACGUAAAGAAAAUGGAUUUGUAGCUUUGAAUGCAGGUUAGGUGAUAGCUAAUGGCUCUUCCUGCUCCUUCGAGCUGCACCACCACCUCCAACUUACUUCACAAAGCUCCUAUUAAUAAUGAGUUCCCACCUUCUCCACUGCAGUCUCAGCGGCCGCCAGCUUCCUUCACCUGUAUAUAUUCUCUCCUCCACCCCAACGCUUCAUCACAGCCUCAUCCGAUCCCUUCUUCCCGAUCCAGCUCCCAGCAUGAGCACCAGCGAAGCCGCCCCCUCCGCCACCGCGAUCACCAUCGAUGACUCCGAUGCCAGAGGAAAAGCCCCUGCUGCUGCUCCGGCUCCCUCGGCACCUCCUCCUCCUGCUGCCGCCGCCGCCCCCGCCGCCCCUAAAGAUCGACGCUUCCCCUUCCUUCUCAGGAAGACCAAGGCCGCUGGCGGGGGGUGCAAGAGAGGCGUAGCCUGCUUCGACUUCCUUCUACGGCUCUGCGCGAUAGCUGCUACGCUCGUCGCCGCCAUCAUGAUGGGAACCACCGAUGAGACUCUCCCUUUCUUCACUCAGUUCUUCCAGUUCCAUGCCAACUUCGCCGAUCUCCCUGCCUUGACGUUCUUCGUGGUGGGGAAUGCGAUCGCAGCAGGUUACCUCGUCCUCUCCCUCCCCUUCUCCCUAGCCGCCAUGGUUCGGCCCCAAGCGAUCGGGCCAAGGCUUCUGCUCUUCGUCCUCGACACAGUCAUGAUGGAGCUGACGAUCGCUGCGGCUUCUUCGGCGACGGCCAUCGUGUACUUGGCUCACAACGGCAGCUCCAAGGCCAACUGGGUAGCCAUCUGCCUGCGGUUCGAUGGCUUCUGCCAGAGCAUCAGCGGAGCCGUCGUGGCGUCCUUCAUAGCCGUCGUCUUCUUCAUGGUGUUGGUCGUCAUGUCUGCUCUGGUCAUGCGGAAGCAAUAAGAAGCGUGUGUUGGUGGUCUUCUCUCGUGCGCGUCUCUCGUUUCAUGGUUCCGUGACUCUGCUCUGCAGUUGACUCCAUUCCUCAUGUGGUCAAUCUACGAUGCCAUAGAUGUUUGAAUGUGUUCGUGCUGCUGUCAUGUGGUUAUGUAAUGAUGUAUUCUGUGCGACUCUGUGCAUGAAACCGAAAAAGAAAGCUCAUAUUUCUUCUGUGCUUUAAAAUUGUUGACUGAUCAGAUGAACGGUCAUCAUUGGUCCAACAGACCUAACAGUGGGGCCCACCAUUCACUCAUCUCAAGUGAACGGUUGAGAUGGAUGGGUCGGAGGGACUUCAAAAAGCCUCCGCGUAGUUGCCGUCACGCCGCCGCUUUGCACGCGGCUUAAGUCGCCACUGACGAUGUCGGCUCACACCGGUCUGUCGUUGCUUAAGUGGGACGCGAAGCAGCGCCAGCCUUUGACCACACCAAAUCGUAAGCCUAAACUCCCCACAUGAUCCUGCGGGACGAUCCCUAGCCUCGUCGCCUGACGCCGCCUUUACGCCCGGGCUGGAUAGCCUCAUCUCAUCGUCGAUCGAGGAAGCAGAAGCGAAGGCCUAAUUCCGGAUAUCUCAUGGGGUUCUCCGAGUUGUGACAGUUGUUUACCAUGUUGUCGAGACCUCUCCUGCUCGUUUUCCUAUUUUGGUUAUUGAUCAUGGUAACACACUUCGAGCAGCGGCAACAAAUUGUCACCGAAGCUGAAGCCAAUCCUGUGGUGUCGCGAAGGAAGCAACGCAUGUUAGACAGUGAAGAGGUUGUUAAAGAGAAAAUAAUUCUAUCGCAAGAAAAAAGCAUUCAACAACUCCAUGAUCUUGUGCAGAGCCUUAAACAGCAGUUGUUGCAUUGCCGAGGCAUUAACAAUUCAGUGCAUGAUGAUGGAAAUACAUUGAGUGAAAAAAUGUGAACAAGAACUAUAGGCUGCAGAUACUCAACUAAUGUCCAAGGAAUUUACAAGUUAUUUGGCAGCAAGUCUUGUCAUAUUUCUUGCGUGGUGAAUAUGCAAUAGUUCAUCAGGAGUAUUCCUAAUAUUCCAUAAAGGAUACAUAUUUUGUUGUUGCAUUAAAAAUAGAAAGCUGUUAGUUUAUAUGUUUUUCUUUUUUGUGCAUGCUGUAUCUCAUGACAAACUUUCAAAUUUAUGUUAAUGAAGCUAGUCCUUUGAUUAUCA